GUCAAGGGGGUUUAGUAGACGAACAUGGUAAUAAAACAGACAACAAAAGAAAGGAAGUGGGUUUACAUCAUGUGUUGAGUAUUUUUAGUUUGUUGUGACGCAAAAGGUCAUUUUCUAUUUUUAUGUUCAAUACAGAAGGAUUUAAAUUCGUUUUUGGCACGAUUAACAUGCAAUAACAGUGACAAGUUGGAUCAGAAUUCCUACAAAUUGUGGAACUCUUGAUCUAGCCAGUUUGUGGUCCAGAAAGGGGAUGUAUCGUGGUGGAGAUAAGGACAUCCAGAUUGCAGUAAGGAAGAUGGGCCCAUCUUUGCUCUUCCAGCUAUCCGCUCAUGAACGAGAGCAGGAUUUGAUUUUUCUGGAACACAGCUAUGCCAAGCCAUGGAAUGCCCACCCAGAUGCCAGCAAUGCCCGGCCCACAAGGACCCUGUUUGUUAACCCACGUCGCCAGCCUGAUGCCUUGUUAGACUCGGAGCCUUUAAUUGACGUGGAAACGGUCACACCCACACCUAUUCCUCUAUAUGACAACCAGAAAGCCCUUAAUGUGAUGAUGGAGUGCGAGCGACAUGUUCUGUUUGCACGCACUGUUGCUGAGAGUCCCCCACCACCCGAUGACUGGGAGGAACAUAUAAACAAGACUGGGUGGUCAGUGACUCAGAACAAACUGUUCAAUAAAGUCCUUAAAGCAUUACAAGCUGAAAGACUAGCUCGUCUGGCCAAUGAGAAUGCCUCCAAUGAACCUAUUCUGCGUAGGAUAGCUGUGGAUAAGUGUGCCCGAAAGGUGCGGAAUGCAUUGGCAAGUGUGAACUGGGAAAACAAACUGACCCAGUGGUUGCACAUCACUCUGAUAGAAUCUUUGAGUCUUGCCAUGCUUGCUGCUUACCUGGAUGUGCUGCAGACUCUCAAAAGCAAGCUGCCAUCGCUAAUUGACAGGAUGUUGCUAUCGUCAUCGGCUAAGACUGGAACUCCAAGUGCAGAGGCCCUGUCACUCUUACUGAAACGUCCUUGGGAUCCUGCUGUUGGAGUUCUAUCUCAGAACAAACUGAGCAAACUUGCCGGCUCCCCACUCAUCCUAAUUGCUCCAUCGAGCCCAACUAAUCCUGCCCUUUACACCUCACGGCGAAUGAGAUUCUGGCAGUCUCAGCUUUCCUGCUUAGGAAAGGUCAUCCCAGUGCAUACUCACAUAAACAGUGGCGCUAAUGUGAGCAUCACACAGUGUCUUGAGUACAUGCUGGGAACUGUCAGAGCCAAAGUAAUGGAGGUUCACUCUCACUUCCCGCAUAAACCAAUUAUCCUGGUUGGCUGGAAUGUUGGUUCUCUCAUCGCUUGCCAUGUAUCCCUUAUGGAAUAUCUGACUGCUGUGGUGUGCCUUGGCUUCCCCCUGCUUACAGUCAAUGGUUCAAGAGGGGAUGUGGAUGACCCGCUACUGGACAUGAAGACUCCAGUGUUAUUUGUUGUUGGGCAGAAUGCUUUGCAGUGCAGUAUUGAAGGAAUGGAAGAGUUUAGGGAGAAGCUGAGGGCAGACAACAGCAUGGUGGUGGUGGGAGGAGCUGAUGACAACCUCAGAAUCAACUCAGCAAAAAUGAAAUCAGAGGGACUGACACAGACCAUGGUGGACCGCUGCAUCCAGGAUGAGAUAGCUGACUUCUUGUCUGGUGUCCUCGCGCGGAUAGAAGGUCAUGGCCAUGGCUCAGGAGAAGCAAGGGACCUGGACACAGAGAAGAAGAAGCGACCUCGACGAGAGCCUCCUUAUGACAUGGAGAGAGGACGUCCUUCAUCCCCUGCUCUUAGAAUUUCCAUUUCCCCCUCAGGCUCGGAGGAUCUGUCCAGUGUCUGCAGUAGUCCUACUUCAAGUCCCAAACCUAAGACUUCAGGUCUUUCUCCAGCACAGAAGUCCAGUCUGAUCACAGCCACACAGCUGCUCAAGACGCACAUGCAGCGCUCUGGGACAGUCCUCACACACAAGCAGGCCCAAGUUCAGUUUGCUGCUUUUAUGAAACAAAACAUGCUUGUGAGGAAAAAUCUUCCUCCUGGCACCCCUCCUUGUAUUUUUGUCCCAGUGUCCAGUGAUCAGAUGGAGGGUCUAGACAGAGAUGAACUGAGAUCCCAUGGCAAAAAAAGACAGACCCCAAGUCCCACACAAAGCAAAGCCUCCAAGAGAGCCAAGAUCAAGGUUACCAUUGUUUCCCAAGGCGAGUCAGCAGGGGGCGCUGUCAGUCCUGCUGAUCAAGAAGGGGGAGGCUGCGGGAAGCCGUUAACUGUUACAGUGGGACAAAAUGUAGCUGGAGCCAAGGAGCUCUCUGGAUUUCUUUCAGGCCACCGGUCUGGUAGUCUCUCAGAGGGGUCUGGAGCUCUGUCCCCUUGCUCCAGCUCAUUCAAUGGUAUGCAACCUUGUAUGGUGUCAGGAUCUUCCACUGCAGUCCAGGCACAAACUCCUGCUACUGUUCAAGCGUCUCCUGGCACCAGUCUCCUACAAGGUCUAAGCUUCAGUCUUCAGGAGAUUGUCGACAAACCUCCUGCUAACUUGUCCUCCACACCAGCAAACGCAGGCAGCACUCAGGUGGUUUGUAGCAAACCUCCGGCUCAGGUCCUGACAUCCGUUGGAAGCAGCAGCAGUACUCUUCUCCGGGCUGUGCCUGUGGUAUCUGCAGGGGGAGUGGCUAAAACCACAGCCAUCCACCAGCUUCUCACCAAUGGUGGCCUGGCCAAACUUGCCAGCAGCUUACCCGGCUUGGCACACAUCACCAAUCAGACCGGCGUAGGGCAGAAAGCCCCCACCGCUAUAACGGUGACUCUGCGAGGAGCUCAGCCGGGUAGAGUGGCAUCACUCGGCCAAGCUGCUGAGGUUUUGGCACUGACUCGGACCCAUGAGCCCAAGCAGUGAGAGCAGAUUGUGGUUCCCAGGAGGUGAUAAUAAAGCAGCACUAUACCAGGGCAAUGAUAACUGCACCACCUGGCAACAUGCAGAAAACCUGCUUGCAUCCUCCAGAGGGCUCCUGUGUCCUGACAGCUGGAAGAGAGCAGAUCGGCGCUCAGCGUCUCUGGGAGCUGCUGUAGUUGGUCUUCAUGCUGGUCCUCUCAUCCUUAAAAGCACUUAAACCACUUGACAAAUCUGACAAAAGUACAGAUUAUGAAAGCCUAUGAUUUGAUGUGGUGAUGAUAAACCAACAUCCUCUGUGACAAACAGAAGUAUAGCUUAUUGUAACAACAACAAACAAAGUGCCAAGUGCCCUGUGGGUUACCAGCUCAACUGAAGCCCAAGGCAAAACAGCCAUUUUUGGCAUAAAAAUGGCCACAAUUUCCAAACGAACGAACCCACGCAAAUAAUUUUGGGAUGGGAACCUUUGUUAAAUUGUACCCUUGUUAAAAGAGAAGUUAUCAGACAGUUUGUGAGAAAACUAGGUCCAAAUACCCAAAUUGGUUGUUAUUGGCAUAAUAAUGGCCACUAUUUCCAAAUGAAUGAAUCUAUGACAAAAAAAUUUUGAUGUGAAGUAUGUUAUCAACCCAUGUUAUGCAUUUGACAAUACAGAAAAAAGUUAGGCAGCUUUUGAAAAAAUUGCCUUAAGUGCUCAAAAUGUCUAUUUUCAGCAUACAAAUGGCCACCAUUUCCAAACGAACGAAUCUACAAAUAUGAUUUUUAUACAGCAACAAUGUCAAUGACCCAUAUUACGCCCAUGACAAAUUUUAAAAAAAGUUAUCAGACAGUUUUAGCGAUAUCGUAAUAAACGGAUGAUGACUACGACGGACGGUGCAACACGGCAUAGGGUUAGCGGCCUAUCGACCGGUAAUCCCCCCCAAAAAACCAUUCUGAGUGAAUGUAAUGUUUAAAUGGCAGUGGACGGGAAAGGCUACUGCAUUUCCAAAUUAAGACUACACUGGAAAAUGCAGAAAGCACUUCCAGAGAACACCUGCGUCAAUUCAAGAACAGGUAGUUGUAUCAAAAGAGGUUUGCAAAUUUAAAAACAAACAUUGAGAAUACAAAUAUAAUCUGCAGCACAUGUAACAAUUUAAUUUGAUAACACGUCUGGUACAAAUUCAAACAACACCCAUGAGUGCAAAUGCUUUGCAAAGCUCCACAAUCCUGUGGAAGUACUAACAACACAAAAAAACAGGUUUCUGCCCCGAGGUCUUUCUGCUGUUGAGUGCAUUGCAAAUAAAAUAAUGUAAUGUGAAAAUACAGCUCACGUAAGAGGCAUAUCGUCAAUAAAGAACAUAAGUUAGCUUACUGGGCAGUGUUGACCAGGUAGAAAUAAAGACCUGAGUGUCGCAAUGCAUUGAACAGUCUUCCAAUCAAAGUUAUUUGUACAGAAAUGGCUUUUGUGUUGCCAGUAUUUCUGUUUUGGAGCUUGGUUAAACCAUCUGGGUUUUUGGGUGUAAGAAUGUGCAACAGACUCAUUAUGAAAUAAACUGUAGCGUGCACUGCAGGUUAUAUUUUUCUCUGUUUAUUUUAAAUUUGCAAGAUGUUUUUGAAUUGAUGCAGAUGGGUUUUUCUGCACUUGUCUAAGUGUUGUGGCCUCUUUCUGUAUUUUAUCAAUUUGCCGUCAUUCCCAUGACAUUUCAGGCCCAGUUAAUUAUUAACGUGUUUGACCACAUGUUUAUAACAUGGACAGAGUUGCAAUAAUGAACAAAAUACAUGCUCAUGAUAUUCUGAAUGUGCUUGUUAUGUUGCUUGUGGCUUCAAUAAUGUCAUUAACAUAAGAGUAAUUCAGCAUGAUGGAAUUUAGUGGAAUCAUUUUCUUGCAGUAUUUCUUUACCAUAUUCCAUUACAGUGGGCCUGAAAAAACUGUCAAAAGUAUGAACUGUAACAACAUUUGAGUUAAUAAUGAUUUGUUUGGAAACAAUAAAUAAGACUGCUCAGACAUGAGCAAGGCCAUUAUAUUUAAGAUAACAUAAGGUCCAUGAGCUGAUUAUUGAAAAAUAGUAAGCUUGUAAAAAAUAUGGAAA